AUUUUCCCGUCUCGUUAUGAAUUUAUAUCUACAAUAGGUAUAAAGGUUAGCUAUUAUGUACAGCGGCGCAAUAAAUUAUUAUCGUUUCGCACCUAUGCAUUAUUAUAUUGAUGUAAAGGACACGCGUGCGGUUAUGCAUACAAGGCGACUCCUUAAAUAUAUAUCCCAAUAUACCGCGAUCACAUAAUAAUCUAAGACAGGUGCGUGUUCAUAAUUUUAUAUCGACGUAGAAUCCUAAGACGAUCAUAAUAUUUACAAUAUUUAUAUAUUUUAUAUAUUAUCUCAGUGAUCACUCGUUUCCGGCAUGUACCUAUAGCCGUGGGUGAUGAAUUCGCGAGUAAUAAUAGAUUUAAACGCGAAAAAAAAUAAAACAAUAUUACAAACGGAGCGAAGAUAAAAAAUCCAAAUCAACGUACAACAAUAAUGUUGUGAUAUUAUCGUUAGGAAUUAUUUAUUAUAAACUUUAUGUAAAAAAUUAUUAAUUAUCAUCAUCAUAGACUCGCACGAACGCGGCGAGGAGUAAAAUAAUAAUAUGUAGAAACCCGAUCGGUCGUGUGCCGUGAGAGUGCGCUGUCGGCCACGGCACACACGAGACCUGCGCGCUCGUCGAUUGGCCAUCGCCGCGGAGGGGGUAAGUCUCUGAUCGCGGGGACGGGGGCGACGCCGCCGACCCGCUCACCGUACCCGACCCGUUCGACGAGCCGGCCACCACGGCCGCCGUCGUCGCUGCGCGUGUGCGCGACGGUUCGCGCGCGCGCCCGUGUAGGUAAUGCCGUAGCGGUGUGGUCGUGUGCGCGCGAGUGUGUGUGUGUGAGAGUGUGUGCGCGCGCGUCCGGAGAGAGGUAACGCGACGACUGCGACGCGGACGACGACUGCGACGAGACGACGACGGUCGACUGGGCCACGCCAAUACCCUCCGCGCGCCGCCCGGGUCAUAAACGAUCUCACAAACAAGUGCUCAACGUUCGGGAAAUUACCCGCGCCGCCAUAUAAUAUUAUAUCGCCAAAGGCCGCCGCCGUCGCCAGUGAUCGCGUCGCCGCCGCCGCCGCGCGGGUUCUUUUUAUUUUUCCGCCGCUAUUACACACGGUUUGAAGAUAAAAUUAUUUUCUCGAUUAUAACAAUAUUAUCCCGUUCGGUAUUUUUUACUCCGCGUAGAUCCGCGGGUCUAAGAUCCACAUCUUCGCAUUCCCGUGCCGGUAUCGUGCAGUGUCCGUACAGCGUGCGUACAGCGUGUCGUCGUCGUCGAUAUUUUCGGGUUUUGAAUAUAAAUAAACAAUAUUAUAUUGACAAAAGUUUAAUAUUUUGUUUUUCGAACGCCGUGCUUUUGAUUUAACGACGAUACAUUCCGCAUCUCGACGGCAUAAUGGGGUGGCGUUGACGGAGUCUCGCACAUAUUCAGAUAAUAUUACAUUAUCUCGACGACCAGGAGAGAGGCGUGCUAUAAGGACGUGCAAGAUAUCAUUACAUAAUAUACGAACGUGCGGCCAAAAAUCGCACCGCGGUGUAUAAUCCUGUCCCCGGUCGCAACUUACGCGCCCGUCAUGAGUUCAAAGUUCAUCAUCGACAGCAUGCUGCCCAAGUACCAUCAGCAGUACCACCACCAGCUCCUGAACCCCGUGAUCACGUCCGGCGGCGGGCUGGACUCGUCAGCCGUCAACUACAGCUUGACGCCCAACAACUCGUCGUCGAGCAGCGCGGGCGGCUCGCCGCCGUCCACGUCUUCGCUGGUCUCGCCGGCCGCCGGCCGCAUGUACCCCGCGUACGCCGUCCACCAUCACCAACAGCAGUUCGGCUCCGGCGCCGGUUCCAUGGCGUUCACGUCACCCGGCUCGGCAGCUCUGGCAGCCGCCGUCCAGGACGCUGCGGAUAAGACGUCGUCGUCGUGCCGGUACGGCGGUGGCGUUGGCGGUGUGAGCGUCGGCGGCGUGUCCGCGGCCGACACGAUGGUCAACAGUUACGCUGCCCUGCACCAUCACCACAACCAGAACGGCGCCGGUGGCACCGGCGCCGUGUCGUCCAUGGCCGCGGCCGCUCAGUUCUACCACCAGGCGGCCGCCGCGUCCGCUGUGGCCGCUGACCCGCUCAACUCCGCGUGCGCCGGACAGCCCGGGGCCCCCGGACCGCAACCCAUGCCCGACAUACCCCGGUACCCGUGGAUGUCCAUUACAGAUUGGAUGAGUCCGUUCGACAGAGUCGUUUGUGGUCCGAACGGAUGUCCGCGUCGUCGCGGUCGGCAGACGUACACCAGAUUCCAGACUCUGGAGCUGGAAAAGGAGUUCCAUUUCAACCAUUACCUGACCCGGAGGCGGAGGAUCGAGAUCGCGCACGCCCUGUGCCUGACCGAGCGCCAGAUCAAGAUUUGGUUCCAGAACAGACGGAUGAAACUCAAGAAGGAGUUGCGGGCCGUUAAGGAGAUCAACGAGCAGGCCCGCCGGGAACGGGACGAGCAGGCUAAAAAGCAGGAUCACACGAAAAUGGACGUGGGAGGCGGUGGUGGCGGGAUGCACCAGCAGCAACAGCAACAGCAGCAACAGCAACAGCAGCAGCAGCAACAGCAAAUGUCACACCAUCAGAUGUCGCACGAACAGCACAAGCUUCAAAUGGGCGGCCUGGACAAGGGGUCCGCCGACAUGCUCAAGGCCAAAACGUAAACAGUGCGAUCGAUCGCGCGACGACGUUUCGCACAGUAAUAGAGUAAUGAUAUAAAUGAUAAUAAUAAUGAUUAAUAUUAUAAUAACGUGUCGCAUGAUUAUUAUUGUUAUUGUUUCGCGACAAUUGUAUAGAAUUUCUCUUUCGAUUCGAAAAAUACGUAAAUAAUUUAUAAAUAUAUAUUAUAAUAUAUAUUUAUCUAUAUACAAACUAUUCUUAC